AGUGUGUGACUAGUUUUUUAUUUAUUUUUCAGUUAAAAAAAAUAAAUAUAAUGGCAUUAGGAGAAGCAGCAGAGUGUCUUGAAUGUGAAGAAAAUUCUACAAGUCUAAUAGCCAGAAAUCUUCCAAAUAAUAUAUUCACAAACGACAACACUAAAACAGCAUUUGAAAACCUAUUUAAACACUUUGGGGAUGUGAGUUUUGUGUACCUUCCAGGAUUUCAAAGAAUUAUUAUUAACUUUACUAAAAUUAACAGCAUGUUACUAGCUAAAGAAAUGGUUCAUGGACAAGAAUUUAAAGGUGUCUCUUUGAAGAUUUAUUUUAAAGAAGAGGCGAAAAAGGUUGGAGAGGAUUUUUUGAAAUUACCUCAAGCAGAAAAACUGUUUCUCAUAUCUCCACCGGCCUCGCCACCUGUUGGAUGGAGUCAAAAAGAAGAACCUAUACCAGUGGUGAACUAUGAUCUUCUGACUGCAGUUGCGGGUAUGGAAAUGCCAGGAAAAACAGUUGAGCUAAUACCCAGAACUGAUUCAACACCAAGUAUAGUCGUGAUGGGGUGUGAAAAUCCAACCUCUUUAAAUGAAAAGCCACUCAAGAAUAUCAAUUGUCUACCGAGAAAAGAAGUGCAAACAAAAAGGCCCCCUGUUAAAGAGAGUUGAUUAGUUAGAAGUUAUACUAGAAUUAGUUAAAGUUGCUCAAGUUAUUAAUUGUAUAUACAAAAUAUUUAAAUUGUAUAUGUAUAAUACAAAAAGGAGGAAUAUCAUUGAAAUGCUUCACUCAGAGGAUUUUAUGUGAAAAGCAAUAUUUUUAAAUAUAUCUGUUUAGAUUAUAUAAAAGGAAUCGAAACACAGGACAUCCAUUGGUCUUAAGUAUCCUAUUUUUUUCUAUUUCAGUCAAAAAAUUCUCAUUUUUCCUAAAAAUCAGUAUCCUAAAUUACCUAAGUUUUCACUUUUUAUAUGCCACUAUUUUGGAAAGUCUGUUCUUCAAUAAGAUAGUUGUGACAUAAAAGUGUCGUGUUAUGUGUUAUAUUUAGCUACUAUGUUGUAUUAUUAAAAAACUAACUCUAACCAUGUCCAUAAAAUUCAUUUCCAAAAUUUAGGAAGUUACAGGGAAUUCCCUAAGACGCAUGCGAUCGCACACGCUUGGACCCAAAUACAUGCAAAUGCUAUCCAGAUGUGUGAACCAUCGCAUGUGUAAAAAAUUCACUUCUUCAUGAAAAAUUAGGAUGUUCGCCUGCAAAGCUAUUUUAGAACAUUUUUUUCUUACUAUUCGAUUAAAAAUUGAGUGUUAUUUAUUAAAGCGUUGUUUGUGUCUUCUUGUGGUUUUACAACUUCCAAUAUUAUUCUUGAGUAUAAUUUCAAUAUUAUUUUUUUUUACAUGUACUCAUAGAAAUUAUAUUAUUGUCAAACACCUAACUGUAUUAAAAAUGCUUGUGUGAGAAUUAUUUCAAUUCUUUUUUUUUAUCUUGAAAUGUUAUGCAAAUCAACGGUAUAUAAAGUUUUUUUGCCACAACAUAUUGAGGGACCUGUUUUAUUUUUAAUACAAUGUAAAUGCAUGCUCUCUUUGUUCAGCAGUGUUUGUCAUCAUGCAGUAUAUAUAUACUCGUUAAAAGUUACUUUCUACAGAAAAACAAUGUGUUUUGUUAAUAUAUGUCACACUUUUACACUACUUAAGUUCUCUAUAAAGUGUAAUAAAAAAAAGAAAAAAAAGACAUGCACAAAUUCUCCAAUAUGGAUUCACGCUUGCGAUUUGUAGCAUGUGCGUUGUUUUCUUCGUGAAACUCCCAGAGUUAUAUAAUCAAAUAAGCAAAAAAGAUGUUUAAACUUCUACACAAGUCAAUUCUGAAGGAUAAGAAUCACAUUUUUUUCCUGAAGAGCCGUUUCCAUGAUGAGCCUGAAAAGUACUUAGUGUUUGAAUUGGUUGAGUUAUAAAUAAUAUUGUAGUUAAAAUUACAUGUAAACAAAUUUAAAAUGGUUUAAACUAUAUUUUUGCAUAUUUCAGUUUGUUUAGAUGUUUAUGCAAAUGGUUUUAAAAACUUUUUUUAAAUUUGUUGUGUUAUCAUUUUGUUGUCAAUAUGUUAUAUCGUUUCAAA